AUGAAUUGGGAGGAAACAAUGGCGGAAAUGCAAAAAGCGUCGCUACUUAAUGACUGUCGGGAUGUAGUCGAAGUACAGAAUGGGUCGGAGUUUCAAAUUCGGAAAUUGAUGGAAGUAUAUCCACAGUACUUGUGGAAGUAUUCGGAAGGCUCAACCAUCCCCGGGUAUAUGAUGAAAAUCGCCGAACAGCUUGAAGAAGAGUUUUACGGAAUAAACAAAGUCCCACUGAUUCCGAAAGUCGCAUGUGCUGCCUGUAUUCAAAAUAAAUGGUAUCGAGGAAAAUUGGAGAACGUGCCAAAUAUCGGUGGCUGGAUAUACGUUUACCUCGUGGAUGUUGGAAUGAGUCGGCAGGUUACAAAGAAUGAUAUUCGUUAUCUGGAUUCGAAGUUCGGACAUUAUCCACCCAUGGUGGUGAGAGCUAGAAUCCGAGGUGAGGGAGAGCUAAAAUCCGUGGUGAUCUUACUUCCAUUUUCGUCUUAUCAUCGUUGGUGCAGUGCUAAAACUUUAACUGUCACCCAUCGAGCUGCUGGAAGGAAGUAA